AUGAGCAACAAUAAAGGUCGUCGCUUCUACGAUGUCGCGAUCGAGCCUUCCACCGCAGCACUGCUCUCUGCAGUCUCACAGACUGGGACGAGCCAAGCAAAUAUUCGUUCAUCACUCCCCAACUAUGUCGCACUCAACUUCAACUUCAAGCCCGACUCUGCACACGACUGCAGAAAAGGCGCCCUCUUCCAGCCUGGCUCCAGCAGCAACGUCAACGCUGACUGGCAGCUGGAGCUUGAGUCGACGGACACAGAAGCGGGACCCAGUACCGACUCGAAAGCUGCGGCAAGACACCAGCAUGCGCACGUGUUUACCGGGCCUCAGACUUCGGCAAAAGCGUACGAUUUGGUCUUGAUCUGGGAUGACAAGAUGAGAGGAUACCGUCUAGAGCGUAUCGCAUCCACCUUCUCGCUCAAGUACGAGAGAUCUAAGACGAUUCUCAGCAAGAAAAGUCAAGACGUAUGGGAGAGCGACGCAGCAAAGCCGAGCAAACGAGCCUCCGCAAACAGCGUGAUGCUGCGAUCGACAUCUGACGACAAGCAAGAUGAAACCAGACGUACAAGCAAUCAUCCUGCGCAGCUUCCAUCAGCUAUUGCGGGAGGCAAGAGAGCAGGCGAGCUCAAGCUGCGCGGCAAAACAAGCAAUGUUGCUGCUCCCGUACGACGUUCUUCUCGAAUCAGCGUGGCGGUCGAGAUGGAGGAAUUCGAUGACCGGUCCGUGUCACCAGUAGAGUCCCCGGCUGGAUCAGCGAGCAGAUCAAAGAGGAGCUCAGUGUCGCAAGAAAACGAGCUGCGAAGCAAAGACGAGAACAAACGAGUCAAGUUGCCAGAAGCAAUCCAACAGCGUAGCUCAAAUGACGAGCCUGCUGUUGGGCUGCGUCGCAGCCGUCGUCGUUCGAGCCAGGCACAAACGGAAGACGGCCCGCUAUCUUCACCUCACAGCGACCCCGUCUCAAGGUCUGAGCCGACUCUUGCGGCAGAGGUAGAGACAGCUCGACACACAGACGCGGAGGAUGACGAUUUGGCGCUCGAGCUAGAGCGGGAGCUGCAACGCGAGCUCGACGUCGAGAUGCGGGACAAAAGCGAGGUCGAAGAGCGACCACGUCCAAGAACCAUCUCGGCAAACCUACCCGCAAAGUCCACUUCGAAUCGAUCUCUCUCGCCCGUCUCUCGACUCAAGCGCGGAGAGAGACAAAUGAAGGUCAGCACGCCGAAAGCACACACUCCUGACCUCGAUGAUGCAUCGCUGCACCAUUCUUCAGCGUUCUCGAGAUCUCACAGGCAAAUCGACUCUCCGUUGACGGACCGUUCGAGUCCUGGUGAUGCGGAUCAUAUUCCAGCAGCAGCAUCCAUAGGUCUCGGGUUACAUCAGACUGGGAUUGGCAUCACUCCCACCGCCUCUCCGCGUCUUGACGUCGCCAGUCCUGACGAGUCGGCCGCUUCGUUGGCGAACAACGACGGCGACCUGAAUCAAGAGGGCGAAGGGGCCGAAGACGAUGACGAUUUGCAAGACUUUGCAGCCGAACUCGACCUGAGCCUGGCUGAAGGUCCCGAUGCAUUGUCACAGGUCGUUGGUGGUGCCGUAGAGAAGAGACGAAGCUCUCGAACUUACGCAGCAUCGCAGAGCAUGUCUGAGGCUGGAGCUAGGUCGGCUCGCAAAGCGUAUGGACUCGGCGGUCCACGUCAGGAAGAGGAAGAGCUUGAAGAUAGUGACUGA